AGAGAGACUCUCUCGAUGAGCUAUGGCUGCAUGGUAUGGAAGUGCAAAGGAAGUGACCAGCUCGUCUGAAAAAGGAUGGCUGAAGGCCUUCGCAGUGGGAUGCAGCAACUUCUCCAUCCAGUACAACUACCAGAGCUCGGAGUCUCAGGGCACCGGGCCUCACUCGAUUGCCGGGGCGUGUGGUGCGGUCCCCUCGCGCGAGUGCAUCCGGCUAUCCAUGGCCAUCCACUUCCAUCGUUUGAAGGCUUUGUGACCUCAAAAUGAUGCACGAUGUCAGCUCGAUGUCAGCCGGCGGCCAAUGGUCAAGCAUGACAGGUGCCAGCAUUGCCUUGGCGGUGAUGGCGACCCAAGCAGAUCGCUAUGUGAGUGAUCCCAAGAAGGCGGAUUUCGGAGCAGCUGCUUGGAUUCUGCACUGGCUUUUGGCCGUGGUCUUUGCGGGCUCAGUGGCAGGUAUGCUGUCGAUGGGGUGCCUGGGCGACCUCAUUGGACAUGGGAGAGCCUUGCUGGUGACCAAAGGCUUAGUGGUACUGGGAUGCUUCAUGUGCACCUUGCUUCCAGAGCAGCCGGACGAGUCCGGCUUCUGGGGUCAAUUGAUCCUCUGGCGCUUCAUCAUCGGCGUAGGCUUGGGUGGCGCCUAUCCGCUGACGGCCGCAGUGGCCGGGAAGGCCAACGACGUGGGGAAGGCCUUCUUCUGGCAAACACCCGGCAGUGUGGCUCCCUACCUGGUAGCCUUGCUCGUGUUGAAGCUUCUGCCGGGUCAGACUAGCCCUCAGUUCCGCUGGAUCUUGGGCUUGGGAGCUGUGCCAUCCUUCUUAGCGCUCGGGACCUCCAUCUCCGACCCAGUGGCACAGCCUGUGCGGCCAGCAUCCCAACUGGGCCUUUGGGAAGGUUUGCCACAAGCACUCAGCUGUCCUCGGCUUCAGAGGCGCUUGCUGGGCACUGCUGGAAGCUGGUUCCUGUUUGACGUGGCUGCUUAUGGGACCACCAUCUUCACCCCGCAGAUUCUGAGCUAUGUCUUCGGCAAGGACCAUUCUUUGGUCCAUUUGGCUUGGCAUUCCAUCCUCCUGCUUUCAUGGUCGAUCCCCGCCACGUGGCUCUCGGUGCUGGCGCUGUCUCGGUGGCGAGCACGCCGGCUGAACCUGCUGGGCUUUGUCUUGCAAGCGGUGCUCUUUGCCACAUUUGCCAGCGCCUAUGGCUUCUUCUACGACAUGCACAAGGUGCUGCUCGCUCUUCUUUGCGCCAUCUACUUUGGUCUCAAUUGGGGCGUUUGCGUGUCCACCUACGUGCUGCCCAUCGAGGUCUUUCCAGAGGAAUUCCGCGGCACCUUGCACGGCGUCAGCGCCGCAGCGGGCAAGCUCGGUGCACUGGUGGGCGCGUGCCUCUUCCCGCUCCUCAACACCAUCGGUGGGGCCUGGGGUACCCAGCUAUUGGACGCAGGCGGUGGUGUGUGGUAUGGGCGCCUGGCUAAGCUUAACUUGCUUGCCUCCAGAUGACUGACGAUGACUGACGUGCUUAGAGCUGGCCACCACCACGCGAAACGCACGCAGAAUGUGGCGCGUUUGCGUCAGAUCUUAGACUCUACGUUCGUGCGCGGGCAGAAGAUGUUCAACGAUCUAUUUCUUUUCUUGAUGUGAAGGUCC